AUAGGGGAGGGUUUUAGGAUGGGGGACAGAGAGUACAGAUGACUAAGAGGUUACCAUCGAGGGGGAGCAGCAGUCGUGGAAGAUCCAGCAGUCCUGGUGCGCGGGACCCUCAAGGCCCCCUUCUCACAUGUCAACUGAGUACCCUCUUAUUGUCUUCUCUGCUCCGAAGAUGUGUCCGGACCCUUCUAACUCUCUCCUUCAUCCGGGCUUCGCAGAUGACCCCAGUGGUCCCCAAUUUCUGGCAGACAUGUCUCCAUCUUCUACCCGGCAUAUUUUACCUGCCUCAAUGUACCCCAGGCCGCUUACUAGCUUUCUGCAUAUCUAGACUUCCCCUAAUUCCUCCUUCCUGCUUACGGGAGAGCCCUCAGACCCUCCCAUGAGCUCCUGGACCCCUACUCAUUUAUUGCAAUUUAAUGGGUCAUGCAGCUCCACCCACUCACCCCUUUUGAUCUCUCCCCUCCUCCAUCCUGUGAAAAUUCCAGUCCCGCAUCCUUCAGAGCCCGGGACCCCCAGUCAAUUCCUGGGUCAGGUGUCUCCUUAACCCUCCCUAUUUACACUGCUUAACCCUCAUUUCUGCGUUUUGGGGUCUCCCAAUGGAUUGUCAGUCCUCCUACCCCUCUCGUAUUCUGGGUACCUCAGGGGUUUCUUCGCACAUACUGGGACCCUCACCCCACUUGCUGCGUACCAGGUCCUGGUAUUUGUCCCAGUGGAUUCCAGGGAAAUCAUCCUCCUCCCUGAAACCCCUCACUCAUGUGCCUGGGCCCCCCAGCACCUCCUUCCAUGCGUACCCCGAGGUCCUUUGAGCCCCUCCCCCUGCAGCCCCGCCGAGCCACCCGGCCCGUGGCCGCUGUUUACAAGGACACGCGCUUCCUGACAGUGACGCGAGCCGCCUCCUCCCCUUCCCCACGCUCGAGGAGGGGGGCGCGGGGGCCCGGCUCCGGCGACGGCCAAUCGGAGCGCACUUCCGUGGCUGACUAGCGCGGUAUAAAGGCGUGUGGCUCAGGCUGAGCGGCUGGGACCUUGAGAGCGGCCAGGCCAGCCUCGGAGCCAGCAGGGAGCUGGGAGCUGGGGGAAACGACGCCAGGAAAGCUAUCGCGCCAGAGAGGGUGACGGGGGCUCGGGAAGCCUGACAGGGCUUUUGCGCACAGCUGCCGGCUGGCUGCUACCCGCCCGCGCCAGCCCCCGAGAACGCGCGACCAGGCACCCAGUCCGGUCACCGCAGCGGAGAGCUCGCCGCUCGCUGCAGCGAGGCCCGGGGCGGCCCCGCAGGGACCCUCCCCAGACCGCCUGGGCCGCCCGGAUGUGCACUAAAAUGGAACAGCCCUUCUACCACGACGACUCAUACACAGCUACGGGAUACGGCCGGGCCCCUGGUGGCCUCUCUCUACACGACUACAAACUCCUGAAACCGAGCCUGGCGGUCAACCUGGCCGACCCCUACCGGAGUCUCAAAGCGCCUGGGGCUCGCGGACCCGGCCCAGAGGGCGGCGGUGGCGGCAGCUACUUUUCUGGUCAGGGCUCGGACACCGGCGCGUCUCUCAAGCUCGCCUCUUCAGAGCUGGAACGCCUGAUUGUCCCCAACAGCAACGGCGUGAUCACGACGACGCCUACACCCCCGGGACAGUACUUUUACCCCCGCGGGGGUGGCAGCGGUGGAGGUGCAGGGGGCGCAGGGGGCGGCGUCACCGAGGAGCAGGAGGGCUUCGCCGACGGCUUUGUCAAAGCCCUGGACGAUCUGCACAAGAUGAACCACGUGACACCCCCCAACGUGUCCCUGGGCGCUACCGGGGGGCCCCCGGCUGGGCCCGGGGGCGUCUACGCCGGCCCGGAGCCACCUCCCGUUUACACCAACCUCAGCAGCUACUCCCCAGCCUCUGCGUCCUCGGGAGGCGCCGGGGCUGCCGUCGGGACCGGGAGCUCGUACCCGACGGCCACCAUCAGCUACCUCCCACACGCGCCGCCCUUCGCCGGUGGCCACCCGGCGCAGCUGGGCUUGGGCCGCGGCGCCUCCACCUUCAAGGAGGAACCGCAGACCGUGCCGGAGGCGCGCAGCCGGGACGCCACGCCGCCGGUGUCCCCCAUCAACAUGGAAGACCAAGAGCGCAUCAAAGUGGAGCGCAAGCGGCUGCGGAACCGGCUGGCGGCCACCAAGUGCCGGAAGCGGAAGCUGGAGCGCAUCGCGCGCCUGGAGGACAAGGUGAAGACGCUCAAGGCCGAGAACGCGGGGCUGUCGAGUACCGCCGGCCUCCUCCGGGAGCAGGUGGCCCAGCUCAAACAGAAGGUCAUGACCCACGUCAGCAACGGCUGUCAGCUGCUGCUUGGGGUCAAGGGACACGCCUUCUGAACGUCCCCUGCCCCUUUACGGACACCCCUUCGCUUGGACGGCUGGGCGCACGCCUCCCACUGGGGUCCAGGGAGCAGGCGGUGGGCACCCACCCUGGGACCUAGGGGCGCCGCAAACCACACUGGACUCCGGCCCUCCUGCCCUGCGCCCAGUCCUUCCACCUCGACGUUUACAAGCCCCCCCUUCCACUUUUUUUUGUAUGUUUUUUUUCUGCUGGAAACAGACUCGAUUCAUAUUGAAUAUAAUAUAUUUGUGUAUUUAACAGGGAGGGGAAGAGGGGGCGAUCGCGGCGGAGCUGGCCCCGCCGCCUGGUACUCAAGCCCGCGGGGACAUUGGGAAGGGGACCCCCGCCCCCUGCCCUCCCCUCUCUGCACCGUACUGUGGAAAAGAAACACGCACUUAGUCUCUAAAGAGUUUAUUUUAAGACGUGUUUGUGUUUGUGUGUGUUUGUUCUUUUUAUUGAAUCUAUUUAAGUAAAAAAAAAAAUUGGUUCUUUAUUAA